AUCUAAACUAUCUAUAGUUGGACAAUCAUUCAGUGGGGGGGAGCAAUCAGCUGAUUGUAUUGUUGUGCGCUGUGGAGUAUAAAACGUUGCUUUUCUUUGAUUUCCCAAACAUCGUUUUAUUACGCGUUUUAUUUACGUGAAAUAACUUACAAAGAAUCACAAGACUCACCAUGGCAGCCAAGGAAGAAGUAAGCUGUACAGCAACUGAUGCAAAGACUGAAGAGACGCCAGAUAAUUCAACGACGGAGGAUGCGCCAGCAAGCCUAGAGACCAUCCCUGAGGGAAACGCGACGCGGAACGAAGUUCAGACAGCCCCAAAGGACAAAUCAAAGAUUGAUAUACUGCUGAAAGCUACUGCUAACGCGCCGAUCAUGAAGCAGAAGAAGUGGUCAGUCUGCCAGGACAAUCCUAUCGGACGAAUCUCCGAAUUCAUAAAGAAGUACCUCAAACUUGAUCCCAAUGAGAGGCUGUUUCUCUAUGUCAAUCAGACAUUUGCGCCUGCUCCCGAUCAGACAGUGAAGAACUUAUACGACUGUUACGGUGCCGACGGAAAGUUGGUCAUACAUUACUGUAAAAGUCAAGCGUGGGGCUGAAAUUUGUUUAAGUUAGCUUGUCGAAGUUAAUUCUUCUCGACAAAGAAUAAUAUAUAAAUUAACACAUUGUGAUAUUAUUUUAAUUUCAUAUAAUUAUAAUUUAUAAAUUUCAUAUAAUUUAUAACAUAAUUGAUACCUGGUUUUUAUUUUAUCAUUUUUUGUAGGAGAAUCCUUGCUAGAAUUGUGCGUUAGAAAGGUAUAAAAAUCCUAUCAUGAUUUUAUUGUAUGCAUUUUCAUUCUUUCAACAUAGCGAUAUUGAAACCUUGAGUGUAAAUUAAUCAGUCUGAGCGAUUGCGCGUUACAUCUUUGAUGUGAUAGAUUUUUUGCUGCAUGAAUUUGAAGAAGACUCCUUUAGUUUCUCCAUCGACUUUGCUUUGUUGGACGAUUUACUGCUCUCUCUGCAUCGGUAUUGUUUUGGUGUACCUGUGCUUGACUUGGAGUUUACCGAGCUCCGCGAUGUGCAUUUGCAAACCGGUAUUCUUUCUUCACAGAUUUCUUUUUUCGAGCCUUUACUCUGAUCAGAAGCACCUGAUAACGAUUUCUGAUCACCUAACAAGUAUUGUCAUUAAAUAAACAAAUGUAAGUUGUAAUAACACGCAAGGUUUACAUUGUCUGCUAAGUCUAUUUCACUUUGUGUAUUACAUACAAUUAAGAAUAUAAUGUAUUUACUUGUA